AUGCUGUCCGCUCCCCUCGUCGCAGCCGUCGCCAGCGUCGCGCUGGCAACAAGCGCUGCCGCCAUGCCGUCGCGUCGCGAUAACAGCAUCCCAGACGCGGUCGGCAACAUCCAGUUCAACAUCUCCGUGCCCCCCAUGUCACCGAUCCUGGAAUGGCUGCCAGGACUGCGCAAUGACCAGAUGCCCAACGAGACGGCGCCGUACUACUGGACACCUUCGGUCAAGGACCCGUACUACAUGAACUUUUCCGACUACCAGACGUACAAGCAGUACCUGCCCAACAGCCCCACGGUCCAGGUGAACGCCUUUGCCAACGAUGUCAUCAUCUGGGGCAAGUUCCAGGGCUGGAACACGUCCGGAUACCAAGACCCGCCCCUCAACGUCGACGCGAAUGGAAACACGAGCCAGAUCAGCAUGGCGGACGCCUUGAACACGGUCAGCACAGACAUUUUGGUCCAGGUGCAGAACAUGUCCGAUGGCCUGAACACGGUGUCGCUCGCACUCAACGACGGGUUGAGGGGCGGAGCGGCGCUCACCGUCGAGCUUGUCACCAUCACAACGUACAUGCAGCUGGCGACCAAGGAAAAGUCGAUCAGCUGGAACGCGACUGUCAACCAGACCGAGGUUGCCUUUGCGGACAAUGGGCAGAUCAGCAGUUACCUCUCUUGCGACAGCGAGUGGGCCGUGGACGAUAACGGGACGGUCAAGAUGGACGGCAACAACAAUGGCGGCAAGAAGUGCACGAUCCCCAUCCCAGCCAAGACUUCGUAUGUCAUCCUCCGCGGCACACUCGGCCCCCAGUAUGGCGGUAUCAAGAUCUCUGGUCUCGGCAACGUCGACUACAUGCCCAACACCAACGUGGUCGACACGGCAAACAACGAGAGCUUGAUCAUGUACCCGCUCAACCCAGACUACCAGUACACCAUCGAGGUCUCCCCGACAGACGACGCUGCGAGCGGUAACGGCAACUCGCUCAUUGGUCUGCACAGCAUGACCCUGUACUCGAUGCAGGUCCACGACUCGUGGGUCAACCACGUCCCCUGGCCCAUUGUCGGCGGUGUCGUCGGCGGCGUCGUCGUCGUCCUCGUCAUCGCCGGCGUCCUCUGGCGCAGCGGCGCCAUGUUCUUCCGCCGCCGCAGACGCAACUCGGUGCUGUUCGAGGCCGGCUCGUCGGGCGACAGCGAACUCAAGCCGGGCUCAAACUACCGCUCCAGCACGUACAACGACACCAUGGAGAUGCCCCUCCUCGCCGCCGCCGCGCCAACAGGCCACGCCGGCCAGCCGAACGAGUACAGCGACUUUGCGCCCAUGUCCCACACCCCGCGCGGCAGCGUGAGCGGCGCUCCGCUGACGCAGACCCCGCGCGGCAGCGUUGGCGGCGGCGGCGGUGCCCUCCCCGGCUCGGGAUCCAGCCCCGGCAGGCCCGGCGGGCCCGCCGUGCACAGCCGCAACAGCAGCUUUGGCGCGCCCCCGCCCAUGCCCACGCACAACCGUGGCGGCAGCUUUGGCGGGUUUGCUGGCCAACCGUUCCCCGGCGGCAGUCCCGGCGGCCCACCGACCCAUAACCGCGGCGGCAGCUUUGGCAGCGGCGGCAGUGGUAGCUAUGGCGGCAGCCCCGGGCAGCCUCCACGCAUGCCCAUGCCCAUGCCCAACCCCGGCGGCAGUCCCGGCCAGCCGCGCAGCAUCCUCCGUUAA